AUGGAUAUUGAUUUUUACUUGACAAUUCACCUUCCGGAAUCAUCAUUCAAAGGUUUGGAAGAAGUUGAAUACCUGAGUUUAGCCGAUAAUCAACUAUUAGAAAUACCAAAAAAUGUUUUGAAAAUGAUGCCGAAAUUAAAAACUCUCGAUUUGGGUAGAAGUCGUAUAGCAAAUUUAUUAGAUGAAGAUUUUUCCGGAUUACCAACUUUACGACAUUUACUACUACCCGGUAACAUGCUAGCAAAAAUCGAAUCAAACGCAUUACCCAAAACAAUGAGACGAAUACAUUUGGGAAGAAAUUCAUUAAAAAAUUUAAAUGGAAGUUUGAGGGCUUUAAACGAUUUGGAAUGGUUAUUUAUAAAUGGAAAUCAAUUGACGACACUUUACGAACAACUUCCACCGGAAGCACCGAAAUUAAUUUUACUACAUGCAGCACAUAAUCAAUUGACGAAAUUACCUGUCGAAUUACAAAAUUAUCCGAUAAUGGGUUCAUUAUUUUUUUACAAUAAUAAUAUCGUUUCGUUGGAUAAAGUUUUACAAAAAUCUCGACGAUUAAGACGACUUCAUUUAACUCAUAAUAAAAUUCACACGGUGUCUGAUGAUGAAUUUGCCGAAACCGAACUCAUGGACGAUAUACAAUUGGGACACAAUCAUUUGAAAAAUUUAAAUCGUGCUUUUCUACCAAUGCGCAGAUUGAGGUCCCUCAAUUUAACUCAUAACCUUCUCGAAGAAUUUUCUUUUCAAGAAAUACGAGGGUUGCAAAACCUUAAAAUCGUCGAUUUAUCAUUUAAUAAAAUUUCACAACUCAAUGGAAAAAUGGAAAAUUUAGUCGAAUUAGAAACGAGAGUAGAAGAAUUAAGAUUGGAACAUAACGAAAUAAAAGCUUUGGAAGGUUCUCUCAUGGGUAUUCACGGAUUACAAAAAUUAAAUUUGAGCCACAAUAAACUCAUGACGAUUGCUCCGGAUGAUUUUAUAGGAUUGGAAGAUUUAACAAUAUUGGAUAUUUCUUAUAAUCUUUUACAAACUUUGGAUGAAACUUCAAAGACAUUUCUUCCAAAUUUAGAAGAGUUAAUUGCCAAUAAUAAUUGGCUUCAGGUUUUGGAUAAAGAUUUUCACGGUCUUCCCGUUUUAUGUAAAGCUGAACUUUCAAGCAAUCGAAUUCAUACAAUUGGUAAAGAUUUAAUAAGUAAAACAAGAUGUAAAGUUAAAGGAGUUUAUGGAAUCUUGAGAAUUUACUUACAUGACAAUCCAGUUCUCUGUCAUCCUGAAUUUAAUCAAACGGCUGAAUACAUGGAAGCGAAUGCGACAAAAAUACAUGGGGAUUUUAACAUUUGUCCAGUAAUUGAAGUAUCACCAACCACUGGAGAACCCAUAUUAACAUCUUCGACAAAUUUAACACCACCCACUACAGAUAACAUAAAGGCAAUUAACAUAUUACCAAUAUUAAGAGGUAGUCAACCAGAAGUGUUGCCUCUUUUUUUCAAUCCGCAAGAACAUGAAGUAACAUCAAAGAAUCCAAUUGAAAUUGGUCGAUACGGCAACCCUGCCAAAAACUUUUUGCAAGAUAUUUACUGGAUAAUUAAUGUUGCAAAAAUAUUAUACAUUACCGCAGGGAUAAUGAUUCGGUUCUAG